AUGUGGUGCAUCAACAUCAUCAUCAUUAUAAGUAUUAUCGGUUGUAGCAGCAGCAAAUUAUUGUCGCUACUCGAGCUGCCCAAGUCCAUAUCACUUCACAUCGAUCCCAAAAUUGAUCCGUGUGAAGAUUUCUACAACUUUGCUUGCGGCAAUUGGGCAAAUGUGUAUCGGGAUCGAUCCUAUCGCAGUCAAGUGGAUAAAUUGGAUUAUGUCUUCAAUAGGCGUCUAGCUGACUUACUGGAGGAAGAGGAGGAGUAUAAUGGAAAGCAGAAUCCAUAUUUUGUACAACUUCUGAAGACCAACUAUAACUCAUGCAGGAAACUGAGCCGUAAAACUUAUAAGCCUGAUAAAUUUGUCCAAUUUCUUAUCAAUUGGAGUGGCAAAAAUUUUCUGAAUGAACCGAAUUGGGAGAGACUUCAUAGCGUAUUGAUGAACUUUGGCCUAGGUCAAGUACUUGGCAAGCAUUUAAAUACUCUGGAUAUAGAUAAAUAUCGAUGGCUAACUCACAUUCAACCACUUUGGCCACAGUUUUGGCAAGAAAAUAACGAAGAAACUCAAACAGUGAUCUUGCAACCUCUUCGAGGACACCAAUUUCAGCGUUUAUUUCAGAAAUUGCACCUAAAUUUGGAUAAUAGAACUCUAUGGCGUAGUAUCAAACACUUGGAAAAGCAAAUAACACAGAUUCAACAAGAUGACAUUGGAACUGAGAGUGUCAUUAGUCUACCAGUCAAUUGGAUAUUACCUCUGUCAAGGAAUUUCUCAGCACCAACUGAAAAAUACCUGCAACGCCUUGCCCACUUGCUGAAUCAACAAUCAUCGGGAUUGUUGGCUCCUUAUCUACUCUUGCGAUUGCAACAUCGCUUGGAAUAUUCCCCUGAAGUCUCACCGCGAUUCUCACGUUUGCCCUGUUCGACUCAGACACGACAAUUUCUAACCCAUGCAGCUGUAUGGCUAAUGGCAAGUUCAGAAAAUUUCGAUAGUUGGGAUUUUCUAAUGCAAAAACUUUUCACAGAUAUCAAGCAAGAAUUUCGACUGGAACUGAUUAAAAAUCGUAACCAUUUUUCUAAAGAAUCACAACAGUUUCUUUACGAUAAACUUGAUAAAAUGAGACUGCGACUCAGUGUUUUACCAUCCGGUGUUAGAGGAUCCAAUCUAGAGCAGCUUCUAUUGAAAUACUAUGGGGAUCUCACUUUAAAUAAUUCAGAUUAUUAUGGCAAUCUAUUGAAAUUGAUUAAUCACAUUGAUUAUUGGUCGAGUUGGAGUAGAGUUUCGGAAGACUUUUAUAUUGUUCAACCCGAUGACUAUGGUAGUUUUGCUUCACCUUUUUAUCUACCACAAAGCAAUGAAAUGAUCUUGCCGCUUUCUCUAUUAGGGCUAUCCGUUUAUAGAGCCAAUCAAUCGAAUCUAUGGACAUAUAGUUCUUUAGGUUUUCUCAUAGGUCAUGAACUUUCGCAUGGCUUUACGCCCAACUUUGCCUUUCUCUACGAUAGUCAGGGCAAUCGUCUGAUUGGCAAACUGGAAACUACUGCGAGAUUUCUGGAAAAAGGAAAAUGUUUAAAAGAUCUCUAUGGCGACAUGGCUGAUGAGAAGUUUGCCGAUUUAAUGGGCCUAACUAUGGCAUUUAAAGCCUAUGCCAAACUUGAAUCACAACCUAUAACCAAAAGAGAACGUCAACAGUUUUUCCUUAACUUUGCUCAGUUUUUUUGUGAAGCUAAAGAUGAAUUGGAAAGUGUUACCAAUGAGGAGCAUGGCGGCAAUAGAGAACGAGUCAACGAGGUCAUCGAAAAUUUAUCAACUUUUCGGCAAUCCUUUCAUUGUGAAGGACUUGUCAAAAAUAAGGGGGGACCAUCUAGAAAAUGUAAAUUGUAUUAGACCAAAACAAUUUUGAAGCUAGAAGCUGAAAUAAAAUGUUCCUUGACACUGG